UCGCUCUGCUGCCGCUGACAGGAGCUGAUUGACGGGGGGGGGCGAUGGAGGCCACGCCGUCCCCCCCCCGGCUGCAACGGGGGCAGCUCCAAUGCAAGAACCUGCACGAGUUCCUGCGGGGCCUGAGCCCCCCCGUCCUGGACCGGCUCUAUGGGCACCCCGCCACCUGCCUGGCUGUGUUCCGGGAGCUGCCGGCGCUGGCUCAGACCGGGAUCAUGCGGAUGCUGUUCCUGGAGCAGCCACUGCCGCAGGCGGCCGUGGGGCUGUGGGUCAAGAAGGAGCACAGCAAGGAGCAGGCAGAGAGCCGGGAGAUGCUGCUGGGGCUGCGGCUCUGGCACCCCCACACACUGCCAGGGGGGCUGCCAGGUGUGGGGCUGCACCCCAGCUUCAGGCACAACCUGCGCCUGGCCCUGCUGGGGGGGGGCAAGGCCUGGUCCGAUGACACGAGCCAGCUGGGGCCGGACCGACACGCGCGGGAUGUGCCGGCGCUGGACCGGUACGCGGAGGAGCGCUGGGAGGUGAUCCUGCACUUCAUGGUGGGGUCCCCCAGUGCUGCCGUGAGCCAGGAUCUGGCCCAGCUCCUGAUUCAGGCUGGGCUCAUGAAGAGUGAUGGGGGGGAUGCGCCCUGCAUCACCUCAGCUGGGUUCCAGUUCCUGCUGCUGGACACCCCAGCCCAGCUCUGGUACUUCAUCCUGCAGUACCUGCGGGGGGCAGAGGCGCGGGGCAUGGACCUGGUGGAGAUCCUGUCCUUCCUCUUCCAGCUCAGCUUCUCCACCCUGGGCAAGGAUUACUCCGUGGAGGGCAUGAGUGAGUCCCUGCUCAGCUUCCUGCAGCACCUGAGGGAGUUCGGCCUCGUCUUCCAGAGGAAGCGCAAGUCCCGCCGCUUCUACCCCACGCGCUUGGCCAUCGCCUUGGCCUCGGGGCCGUCAGCGACCCCCCCGGAGCCUGGUGCUCGUGGUUUCAUCCUGGUGGAGACCAACUACCGCAUCUACGCCUACACCGAUUCAGAGCUUCAGGUCGCCCUCAUCGCCCUCUUCUCGGAGCUCCUCUAUCGCUUCCCCAACUUGGUGGUGGCCCAAGUGACCAGGGACAGUGUCCAGGCUGCCAUCGCCAAUGGCAUCACCGCUGAUCAGAUCAUCCACUUCCUCCGUACCCGAGCGCACCCUGUCAUGGCCAAGCAGACCCCGGUGCUGCCCCCCACCAUCACCGACCAGAUCCGCCUGUGGGAGUUGGAGCGGGACCGGCUGCGCUUCUCCGAGGGGGUGCUGUACAACCAGUUCCUGUCGCAGGUGGACUUUGAGGUGCUGCGGGACCAUGCGCGGGCGCUGGGGGUGCUGGUGUUCGAGCACCCAGGCCGGCGGCUCAUGGUGGUGACCCCUGGUGGGCACCCCGAUGUCAAGCGCUUCUGGAAGAGACAGAAGCACAGCUCAUAACAUAGGGAUUCCCUCCUUG